CGCCGCAGGGAGGCCGCGCCCAGCCGGGUGCCCACGGCCAGCGCCGCCUCCCAGAGCGCGGACCCCGAGGCCCGUGCCAGGCUCCCGGGACGCGCCCCGGCGCAGGCAGCGCGCACGCCGGACGAAGCUUCAGAGCUGCUGAAAGCAACCACUGGAGGGAAGGAAACCCAUUCUGCACGGUUCUGGGGAAGGGGCCUCUUCUGGGCCAUGUCUCCCGUGGCGGCUGCUGAACCAGAUGGGGUCCAGCCAGACAGGAGCGUCAGCAAGCUCAUUUUCUUCCUGUUUGUCUUUGGUGCCAUCCUGUUGUGUGUGGGCGUCCUGCUCUCCAUCUUUGGGUUCCAGACAUGCCAAUACAAAACCUUCCCAGACUGCAGCAUGGUGCUCAAGGUCGCUGGGCCUGCAUGUGCCGCCAUUGGGCUUGGGGCUGUGAUCCUGGCCCGCUCCCGGGCGCGACUUCAGCACCGGGAGGGACGCCUGCGAGGCAGUCAGGCGGACCCUGACCGAGCCUUCAUCUGUGGAGAGAGCCGCCAGUUUGCCCAGUACCUCAUCUUCGGGUUUCUGUUCUUGACAAGCGGCAUGCUCAUCAGCAUACUUGGCAUUUGGGUCCCUGGGUGUGGCUCUGACUGGGCACAGGAAUCCCUGAAUGAGACAGACACUGCCGACAUGGAGCCCCAGAUCUGUGGCUUCCUGUCCCUGCAGAUCAUGGGACCCUUGAUUGUACUCAUGGGAUUGUGUUUCUUUGUGGUUGCCCAUGUGAAGAAGAAAAACAACUCGAUGGGCCAGGAUGCCUCUGAAAGUGAAGACAGACAGAUUGAGAAUAUGGAGCCCAUCCAGGUCACUGUAGGUGAUGCUGUGAUAAUAUUUCCCCCGCCCCCACCACCUUACUUUCCUGAGUCUUCAGCUUCUGCAGUGACUCGAAGUCCUGUGGCUAAUGGUCUGCUUCCGAAUGAACACCCACCUUCGUAUUACAGUAUUUUUAACAAUGGUAGGACCCCCACUCCUGAGGGCCAAGGAGUGGCCUCUGAGAGAGAUUGUGGAUCUAUAUACACCAUUUCCAGGACUCCUUCAUCUGCUGGGACCUCAUACACUCCUUAUCUCUCCUCUGAACUGCCUCCCAGAUAUGAAGAAAAAGAUUUCGGGGCAACCACAUCCUUAUCCCCAUCUUCUGAGCCUUCCCCACCAUGAGCUGUGGACUCCAGUUCAACUGUACAU